CGCGAGCGGACAAAGGCAGCGCGCGCCGCGAGGUGUCACGUCUGGCCGCGGUUUGACGGAGGUGGUUGUGGGCUCGUAGGGUCUUCGCUGCCUCCGUCCUCCCUUCCAUUUCCGCGUCCUCAUCUCCCGGGUCCCGGGGGGCCCCCGCCCGGGGAAGCGCUGUUGCUGAGUUCGGUGUCUGAGCAGAGACGUGGUUGGUGACAGCAUGACGAGCGAGGUGAUAGAAGAUGAGAAACAAUUCUACUCGAAGGCGAAGACGUACUGGAAAGAAGUCCCACCGACGGUGGACGGCAUGCUCGGGGGGUACGGCCACAUCUCCAGCAUCGACAUCAACAGCUCCCGGAAGUUCCUGCAGAGGUUUUUGAGGGAAGGCCCAAACAAGACGGGCACCUCCUGCGCCCUGGACUGCGGCGCCGGCAUCGGAAGGAUCACCAAGCGGCUGCUCCUGCCGCUCUUCGGGGCGGUGGACAUGGUGGACGUGACGGAGGACUUCCUGGUGAAAGCGAAGACCUACCUGGGUGAGGAGGGCAAGAGGGUGAGGAACUACUUCUGCUGUGGCCUCCAGGACUUCAGCCCAGAGCCUAACUCGUACGACGUCAUCUGGAUCCAGUGGGUGAUCGGCCACCUGACCGACCAGCACCUGGCCGAGUUCCUGCGGCGCUGCAAGCGGGGCCUUCGCCCCAACGGCGUCAUCGUCAUCAAGGACAACAUGGCUCAAGAGGGUGUGAUCCUGGACGACGUGGACAGCAGCGUGUGCCGGGACCUCGGGGUGGUCCACAGCAUCAUCCGCAGCGCGGGCCUCAGCCUCCUGGCCCAGGAGCGGCAGGAGAACCUCCCCGACGAGAUCUACCAUGUCUACAGCUUAGCCCUGAGAUGAGCGGGGCCUGGCAGGACGAGAGAGACAGGUGCAGGGGUGGGGGGAGCUGGCAGCUGGGUGCCACACAGAGGCUCCACGUCGAUGGGUCGCGAGUGUCGAGCGAGGCCACUAAAUACAUCUGCCUGCCGUCCACUCACUACACAGGCUCUUCUUAAAAAUGACAGGACCCAGAGGGGAGGGGUGCAGCUGAAUGGGCAGCAAGGCAGGAGCCUGGCUCUGCCACCCUAAGGCAAGGGACUGGGCAGUGCAGGCCUGUGCGACUUGGGGGCCCCUCUGCGGGAAUACAGUGAUCCAUCAGAAGCGGAGGUUCCUGGGUCUCUUACGACCACUGGGCCUUGUGGCCCCAGGCCUGGCUGCCUUAAGAGGAAGAGAAACCCCUUAACUUGGUUGUUGAGGACGCUACCUCGGGGGAGACGGACAGGCUGCUGGAGCCUGCAGCAAGCCCACGUGGCACCUGCCGGAUCAUGCAGCUGGCAGGGAGCUCAUGUUCUGAGUCCUCUUUGAUGAUGGGACCCUGGUGUCCUUAAUGUGAUCAUCACAAUAGCCUGAAGCAAGGAGAGAAGGCUGCAGCCUCGCUCUGGGCGGGCAUUUCCAGUCAAAAAUAAAAGGGUGGAUCCCUGUGCUGGGAAGGUC